UGUAGAGACAAACCUGGCUUCCAAAGACAGUCACUGGGUGUUUGUGAAUGAGGAAAUCAGUGAUCCCGAGAUCCUGGAUCUGGUCCACAGUGCCCUUGGCAGGAUGACCGUGGUCCGGCAAAUUUUCCCAUCUGCGAAGGACAACCAGAAAUGCAUGAGGAAUAACCACCGCAUCUCUUCUCUGCUCUGUGAUCCACAGGAAGGCUACCUCCAAAUGCUGCAGAUCUCCAAUCUGUACCUGUAUGACAGUGUUCUGAUGCUGGCCAACGCCUUCCACAGGAAGUUGGAGGACCGGAAAUGGCACAGCAUGGCAAGCCUUAACUGCAUAAGGAAGUCUACCAAGCCAUGGAAUGGAGGGAGAUCCAUGCUAGACACAAUUAAAAAGGGACACAUCACUGGCCUCACAGGAGUUAUGGAGUUUCGUGAAGACAGCUCGAAUCCCUACGUCCAGUUUGAAAUCCUUGGCACAACCUAUAGUGAGACCUUUGGCAAAGACAUGCGCAAGCUGGCGACAUGGGACUCGGAGAAGGGCUUGAAUGGCAGUCUGCAGGAGAGGCCCAUGGGCAGCCGCCUCCAAGGACUGACUCUCAAAGUGGUGACUGUCUUGGAAGAGCCUUUUGUGAUGGUGGCAGAGAACAUCCUUGGACAGCCCAAGCGUUACAAAGGGUUCUCCAUAGAUGUGUUGGAUGCAUUGGCUAAGGCUCUGGGAUUCAAGUAUGAGAUAUACCAGGCCCCUGAUGGCAGGUAUGGUCACCAGCUCCAUAACACCUCCUGGAAUGGGAUGAUCGGGGAGCUGAUUAGCAAGAGAGCAGACUUGGCCAUCUCUGCUAUCACCAUCACCCCAGAGAGGGAGAGUGUUGUGGACUUCAGCAAGCGAUACAUGGACUACUCUGUAGGGAUUCUCAUCAAAAAGCCUGAGGAGAAAAUCAGCAUCUUCUCCCUUUUUGCCCCCUUUGAUUUUGCCGUAUGGGCCUGCAUCGCAGCAGCUAUCCCCGUGGUUGGUGUGCUUAUAUUCGUGUUGAACCGGAUCCAGGCUGUGAGGGCUCAGAGCGCUGCCCAGCCACGACCCUCUGCUUCUGCCACCCUGCACAGUGCCAUCUGGAUUGUCUAUGGAGCUUUUGUUCAGCAAGGUGGAGAGUCUUCUGUGAACUCUGUGGCCAUGCGCAUUGUAAUGGGCAGCUGGUGGCUCUUCACCCUCAUUGUAUGCUCCUCCUACACAGCCAACCUUGCUGCUUUCCUCACAGUGUCCAGGAUGGACAAUCCCAUAAGGACAUUUCAGGACUUGUCCAAGCAACUGGAGAUGUCUUAUGGUACUGUCCGGGAUUCUGCUGUCUAUGAGUACUUCAGAGCCAAGGGUACCAAUCCCCUGGAGCAGGAUAGCACUUUUGCUGAGCUCUGGAGGACCAUAAGCAAGAAUGGAGGUGCAGACAACUGUGUAUCCAACCCUUCAGAAGGCAUCAGGAAGGCCAAGAAGGGGAACUACGCCUUUCUGUGGGAUGUAGCCGUGGUGGAAUAUGCAGCCCUGACAGAUGACGACUGCUCAGUGACUGUCAUCGGCAACAGCAUCAGCAGCAAGGGCUACGGGAUUGCCCUGCAGCAUGGUAGCCCCUACAGAGACCUCUUCUCACAGAGGAUCCUGGAGCUACAAGACACAGGGGACCUGGAUGUGCUCAAGCAGAAGUGGUGGCCACACACAGGCCGCUGUGACCUCACCAGCCAUUCCAGUGCCCAGACUGAUGGCAAAUCUCUUAAGCUGCACAGCUUUGCUGGGGUCUUCUGCAUUUUGGCGAUUGGCCUCCUUCUCGCCUGCCUUGUGGCUGCCCUGGAGUUGUGGUGGAACAGCAACCGGUGCCACCAGGAGACUCCCAAAGAGAGCAGGUACGGCGUGGGCAGCGCCAGAGAGCCCUUCCCCACCCUGCCCCGCCCAUGUGCCUCCACCCUGACCUGGAGAGACCACCUGUAGGGACAAAGAGGUGAAUCUGGAGCAGGUGCACCGACGCAUAAACAGCCUCAUGGAUGAAGACAUUGCUCACAAGCAAAUUUCCCCAGCGUCCAUUGAGCUCUCUGCCCUGGAGAUGGGAGGCCUGGCUCCAAGUCAAGCUUUGGAGCCAACAAGGGAGUACCAGAACACCCAGCUCUCAGUCAGCACCUUUCUGCCUGAACAAAGCAGCCAUGGCACCAGCCGGACACUGUCAUCAGGGCCCAGCAGCAACCUGCCACUGCCGCUGAGCAGCUCAGCCACCAUGCCCUCUAUUCAGUGCAAACACAGGUCACCCAAUGGGGGACUGUUCCGACAGAGCCCUGUGAAGACCCCCAUCCCUAUGUCCUUUCAGCCCGUGCCUGGAGGUGUCCUCCCAGAGGCUCUGGACACCUCUCAUGGCACCUCCAUCUGACUGUCGCCUGCCCUCCUGCCCGUCCUCCCACCCACCCGACCAGCAGAGCUUUUUAAUACAAGAAAAUGACAACACAGACCACACACACACACACACACACACACACACAUACACACACACACACAAAGAGAGACUCUUUCAUUUUUCUUGUAUAUAAAUGUAAAUAAUGACAGAAUGGAGUGGGGUAAAAGUGUAUUUUGAAUAUUCCCAAUUUUCGAAGUCAGUAAAAAAAAAAAAAACAAAAACAAAAACAAA